AUGCCUGAGCAGAGGCAACAAAGACAGGAGCCAGAGUCAUCAAGCUCUGGCUUCAAGGGCGCUUUGCAAGGUUUGGGAAUUUUCCUCCUGGUGCAAUUCGUAAUUGGCCGUUUCUUCAACAACAAGGAAAAUGCAGCAUCCGACGUGACCGUUAGCUCAGCCCCAGGCAAGAUGCCUUCCUUUGAGCAUCGCCCGGACCCCAGCGAAGUCGCCAAGCCUAGCGCUAUUCUCCCGGAUAUCAUCGCUCCCAUCUGGGCUGCUGAUACUGCCCUCGACAUCAGUAUUUAUGUUACACCCUAUCUUUCGCUACCCUCUCUCAAGUCCCCGGAAAAUGUUCUUGUUCUCCAGGAGAAGAACUUCACGCUCGGAAACUAUACGGAUACUCGUGAAAUCGAUACCACCAUCAAGGUCCCAAAGCAGGUCCAGCAGAACGGUACUCUGUGGGCGCAUUUCUUUGUGGCCCGCACUGGACAUGAGCUUGACCCUGCGGCCAAGGGAUACAGUAGCGAUAAUGCUGUUCACUUCCAGCGACCCCUGAACCAGUACCUGGCAAAGAAGAAGGCUAAGAAGCUCAAGAACCUCUUGGCCGAUGGAGGUGAUGAAGCGGAGGAGGAAGACCUUACCCCAAAUGUCUCCAUUUCUUCUUACUACCACCCCAACUUCACUGUCUCCCUCAUUCCUGAUUCUGGCUCCCAGAAGUUUGCUCAGAUGCACCCUGCUGUCCGCCAGUAUGUCCAGCUGGAACGUACCAGUGCUCGCGACAUUAGCGGCCAGAAUGGCUGGUAUUAUCCCAUCGUGUUUCUUAAUACUUUCUGGCAGCUGCGUACCCACAUGACUGAGUUGAACUCGACCGUUGAGACUGUUCCCCUGCGCAUUACUCUCAAUAACAUGGCCAACUGGAAGUUCAGCAUCAUCACUAGCAUUGAUGAGGGCUCCAAGCAGAGUGCUCGUCAGGCCGCUCAUGGUGGUCCCGUUCCGGGUGGUGGCGAUGGUACUGAGUGGGAGAUGGUCAAGGAGAUUCUGCUUGAUACAAACAUCUACCUCCUUUGCACCACUGGUAUCGUUACCAUUCUGCACAUGCUCUUCGAGACACUGGCGUUCAAGAAUGACAUUUCCCACUGGCGCAAGAAGAAGGACAAUGUUGGCACAUCUGUCCGCACUAUCUUGGCCAAUGUCUUCAUGCAGGCUGUCAUUUUCCUUUACCUCAUGGACAACAGUGACAACACCUCUUGGAUGAUUCUGGCUAGCCAGGGCUUCGGAAUUCUCUUGGAAGCUUGGAAGGUCACCAAGACCGUCGACGUUCGUCUGCGUCCCCCGCCAGCUGAUUCGUUCUUCUCAUUCUUGCCUUAUGUCAUUGUCUUCGAGGACAAGCACAAGCUCUCUGAGACCGAGGAGAGGACCAAGGAGUAUGAUGAGAUUGCUUUCCGCUACUUGUACAUUGUUGCAGUGCCACUGCUUCUCGCAUAUGCCGGUUACACCCUGGUCUACGACACUCACAAGUCUUGGUACUCGUACAUCAUUCAGACCCUCGUUGGCAGUGUGUACGCUUAUGGAUUCUUGAUGAUGGUUCCGAGCUUGUACAUCAACUACAGACUCAAGUCUGUCGCCCACAUGCCAGGUAAAGCUAUGGCUUACAAGUUCCUUAACACCUUUAUCGACGAUCUCUUCGCUUUCACCGUCAAGAUGCCUUGGUUGCACCGUUUGGCUACCCUUCGUGACGACGUUAUCUUCUUCAUCUGGCUCUACCAGGGCUGGAAGUACAAGGUUGACUACAAGCGUGUCAACGAAUUUGGACAGGGUGGUGAUAGCGACGAGGAAGAGGAGUCAGUCCCGGCCAUCGAGUCCGAGAAGCAACCGGAGGUUGCUGAACAGACCUCCUCCAACGUCGACUCCAAGUCGUCCAAGUCAGCUCGCAAGCAAAGUAGCGAGCGGGGGAGUUUGCUCGACGCCGUCAAGCACUUGGAAGCUGUUGCUUUUGUGCCGGUGAAACAACGAUACACCGAUGCCGGGGAACUAGUCAAAACGAUUGCGUCAAACGCGUAUGAGAGCGGCAUUCCACCUGAUGCGCUGGGUCGAUUGUUGAAGAUCUUGACAACAAAAAACAAUCUUGACCAGAGUACUACUACAUCAUUGAUUAAGAACCUCUAUCCGCAAGAGAAGGUGAUAUCCAAGCAUGUCACGCAGGUCGUCUGCUCCCUGGGCCCCAGCAAGUCCAAACCCAGCCCGGCGACGCAAUCCCUGCUUGUCCGCUGGCUGAUCCUCGCAUACGACUUUCUUGACGAUCGAACUCACCUUGGGAAGCUUUACGCGGUACUGUUUAAUCACCUUGACAUGAUUAGUUUGCGCAAACCGCUUUGUCAUCUUCUCUCGUUGAUUACGAGGAGAAAGCACGUGAAGCCAUUUCGAAUCCAAGCGCUGAUGGGACAGGUCCAAAAUGCGGGUGGAGAAGAUAAAGAGCUCAUGACUCUACUCAAGAUCUUCAAGAACUACUACCCCGAAAUCAUUAUUGGCGAUGUGGGUGGGUCUAGGAGGACUGCUUUAUUCUUUAAGCACCCCGAUCCUGAAUGGGUGGGUCAUGCAAAAGUGCUGCAGACCGCAAGAUUGGAGAGGGCAGACGGUGCACAAGGGCCAAACUAUCAGGUUCUUCCCCGAGGCGCAACAAAAAGAAGCCGGAUCCAGGUCAUUAUCCCAGCUUUGCAAACCUCACGUGUGUCAAAUAAACACACGUCACUAGAAGAACUUCGUGGUCUCGAACAUUUUGUUGACAAGAUUGAUGUGAUCGAUUUACCAAACCAGAUAAUCUCCACACUUGGGGACGGUAUGGCUCAGAAAUAUCUUCAUCUGACCAAAUCCGAAGCUGCGAACCACCGGCUUGAUGAAUGGUUGAAAAAUUUUCUGCAAGAUAGGUUACAACAAAUCCAAGAAGAGGACGAUGACGACGAACCAGAACUUUUAUCUUAUGUUCUGGGUUUUGUUGAAGGAUAUGCCGUGUAUACCAAGGAACUUCUUCCUUCAGUCCAGUCGUUUCUGAAGUCCUAUAUUGGGGGUUGGAAUGGGCGAGAUAAUAGGGAACAAGUGCUGCGACUACUUCGACACCUCCCAAUACAGACAUAUGAAUCGCUCCGCAGCACCAUUUUGGAGCCGUUGGAGGCUUCUAUGCUGGACAACUCUCUUACCUCCAGGAGUGAAUUGCUCAAUUUUUACUCGGCAUUAAUCAACGAAUGGGGUAUCAAACUUCGAACUCAGCCAUCUGCGUCAGAGGAAUCAGUACCUUUAAGUGAGCUAAUCAAGCAUGCCGAGCUUUUGGCAUCAUCGAUGCAAGAGUUUGCACCCAUUCCCGAUGAUGCCAAAACGGCUUGCAAUCCAGCCAUCCUGUCCAUCCUUCAGUUCUACCAGUGCCUUGCAGACCUUUUCUCUCAUGCAUCUGAAAAUGCUCAUAUCCGACUGACAGUUCCUCCUUCCCCAUCGAUAUACGCAAUCAUCUUUACACCCAGCGUCUCCAUCAUCUCAACCCUCAGCUCCGUUCUUGCGGCGUACAAAUCCUCAUUUGAAGUCUCCCUGACCUCCAAAACUAUCAAGCCACCCAACCCUCCCGAACCCCUGUACGAAUCCAAAGUUGUGGGUAAAUUCAACGGCUAUGUGAUGGACACCUGCAACCUAGUGUGGCGAAACCGUGCCCUGAAUUCAGAGGACCCAAAUGCGCGCGCCUGUCUCAUACCCGCAUCCAUCGUCUCGGUGUUCACAGACUAUGUACGAGACGUUAAUGAAACUGCUAAACGUUACGACCACAGAAGUGCGUUUAACUGCACUUUGCCAUCCAUAUUCUCGCUCAGUCACCAUGCCGCAUUCUGCAAUCUCUCUGCGGCUUGCUUUGCGGAUCUGGAGGAAGACCAGCAGAUCACGGAGAGCCGGCCCAGGUUGCGAAAACCGGUUACCCCGAAGGUAUUGCAGGCUCUUGAGAAGGAGGGCGGAGCCAAAAUUACUUGGCAGGAGUAUCGGGUGCAUAUGCUAGAUUGGCUAGAUGCAAUUGGUAGCACGGGCACAGGCGAGCUGAUGAGAAGUACUAUGAAAGCACUGCGGAAGGAUUGA